UCUUCCAAACUUUCCUUUUCUUAAUUUUACCAAAACAAGAUAAGCCCCCCUCAGUCCAGAGUCUUUUGUAUUCACAUUUUGUUUAAUCGUUUAUUUUGCGGUUGAAACUUUGAAUGAAUCUGCUUCUGCCGUUGCCUUUCUCUUUCCACCCUGAAAGAGAAAGAAAGAUGAGACUAAACUAUGUAUGAAUAAGGCAAAAAAAAGAAAAAAAGAAGACAAAAAGCUGUAGGGUUUGUGGUUUGAAUGUAAAGAGAGUGGUACAUCAACAAUCGAAAGAUCUCAGCGUUUUUGCUCUGUGAAUCUUUUUAGGGUUUCUGAACUCUCUCCUAUUUUCCAUAGCUCCGGCUCUUCCGUCCUCUUUCUUUUGUUUUUCUUCGGUAUACUUUUACUAGAAAUUUUUCUCUAUUGACCCUUUCGUUGUGAAUUUCAUUGGAAAAUCUUUCAGGGUUACCAUUUUCUCCUGCUACUUUCCUUCUAAAGCUUAGAUAUUUCUUGCGGCCGUUGACGGGGGGUGCUGGGUUGUCAUGAUUCUCUCCAAAAUUUGACCUUUUCUUUUUCCGUUUAUAUUUCUGGGUUGAAGCUUUUCUAGUGAACAUUUGUAUAUGUUUUGCCUGAAUCUCUGGGCUUAACUACAAGAAUUUUGAAGUACCUUUCUUCUUAAAUUUGGACAUGGCGAGAGGGAAAAUUCAGAUGAAGCGAAUUGAAAAUGCAACAAGCCGGCAAGUGACCUUCUCCAAGCGCCGAAACGGGCUGUUGAAGAAGGCUUACGAGCUAUCCGUUCUCUGUGAUGCUGAAGUUGCUGUCAUCAUUUUUUCACCGAAAGGGAGAGUUUAUGAGUUCUCAAGCUCUGACUUGCAAAAGACGAUAGAUCGAUACCAUAAAUAUAUUAAAGAAGUGCAAAAUGACAAGCCUGAGAUGGAACGGUACUCGCAGCAACUGAGGCUUGAAGCAGCAAAUAUGGUCAAGAAGAUUGAGCUUCUUGAAGUUUCUCAAAGGAAGCUAUUGGGUCAGGGACUGGGUUUGUGCUCUGUCGAGGAGCUUCAGGAGAUUGAAAACCAGCUCGAACGAAGCUUGAGAAACAUCAGGGCAAGAAAGAGCCUUGUAUUUAAGGAGCAGAUAGAGCAACUAAAAGCAAAGGAGAGACUUCUGCGAGAAGAGAAUGCAAAACUAUCUGAAAAGUUUGGUGGGAAGCAAAGGCGGCCAUCAACUCAACGGAAAGAAGCCGCAAUAUUUGGGAGCCAAAGCAGCCGGAGCUCAGAGGUGGAGACAGAACUGUUCAUUGGACUGCCAGAAAACCGCUGCUCCUAGCAAGCUGGUCUUUGGACAUAGAAAUGUAAUUCGACCCAUCUCAUCUCAUCAAUUAGUUUCAACCGUCGAAUAAUUGCGCGGCUGAAAUCGUCUUUGUACUAGGAAUAAUGCUGUGUGAAUGUUCCUAGCCGUCCUUAUUAGUCUCCAUUAUUACGACAAGUAUUUAUUUUUGAUCCUGCUGUAACUAGUAAGUAUAUAUGUAUCUUACCAUGUAGUGUUAAAGAUCGUGAUGUACCAGUUUUCAUGAAACUUUGAAUUCUGGUGUAUCAUCUUCCUUACAUAAUAUCCUCAACGUACGGUGAGUUCGUAGUUGUUUUAUGUAUAUGUAGUAGCAGUAAUAUUUUCGUUUGUC